AAGGUCAUAGUAUCUGGCGGCGAUAUAAGGCAAGAGCAUCGUUGUGUGUCUCAGUCUGUCUUGAGACGCAGGAAGGAAGUCCCACAAAACCUCAAUUGACAACAUGAAGGUUAUGCUCCUCGUCCUCCUUGGCCUGGCCGCCCUCGCCGCCGCCCGCCCCGACGAGAUCCUCGACUUCGAGGGCGACGACGCCGAGCACGACCAGGAGGGCGAGCCAGGCAAGGCCGUCACCGGAGAGUACAAGUGGGAGAGCCCCGAGGGCAUCGAGUUCGUGGUGAAGUACAUCGCCGACGACAAGGGCUUCCGCGUCCUCGAGUCCAACGCCGUGCCCUCCGCCGGCGGCGUCCGCGCUGACGGCGAGCAGGCCGACCUCGACGGAGACUCCGAGGAAGAUGACAAAUAGAGAGAAAUGGAGAGAAAGGAAAGCGUGAAGAACAGAAGAGACAAGAAACAUACAAAAAGAUGACGAGGCGAACUGACCCAUGAAACAAAGGCCGAAUGUGUAUCAUCACCUUUAAUAUUUAUUAUCAUUAAAUCUCAUGAAUUAUA